AUGGAAAACUGGAGAAAACGACCUUUAUCGUGGGUUAAUAGGAGAAACGAUAAAAGAGAUUCUGAUAGUGACGACAGCAUGGGCGUAUCGGAAAUAUCAGAUAACAACGAAGAUGAAAAGCCGAUACGUUUUAGUAAGGGAAGUGGUUUUGUUUCUGGUGAUGUGCUUCAUGGUGAAACAGAGUCAACGUCGGAUAAAUUGAAAACUACUCAAGCUGACAAAAAUUUAAACGAUGCCUCCGUUGCACCAGAAUACAUGAAAUAUGGUAUUGGAGCUAAAAUGAUGAAGCAAAUGGGUUAUGUAGAGGGCCAAGGAUUGGGAAAAACUGGACAAGGUAUAAAAGAGCCUAUUAUGACGAAGUUACGGCCUAAAGGUAUUGGAUUAGGUGCAAUCAAAGAAAAGAUAGAAGAAAGUGAUGAUGAUUCCAGCAUGAGUGAGUCCGAACGUUUAUCGGUUAAAUCGCCAAUUAAGAAGCUAAACUUCCAGAUUCAAGUGUUGCCAACAUUGUUUGAGUUGAUUACGGCCUUAGAAGAUGAAAGUUUUCAUGUUCCCCAGAGAAUCAAAGAAAUAUCCGAUAACAGUGAUCAGGAGAACAGCAAUUCAAACAGAGAGCUUAGACUGCUGUUGGAGGAUGUUCUAUGGAAGAUCCGUGAUAUCAAUAGUAGGGAAAAGUAUUACAGACACCAGAUUCAGGAGUAUGAUGAAUAUUUACAAGGCACCGAGUCGAAAAUUGAGUUUGCAGAGUUUGUGAUUGGCACCAUAGAGAAAAGCAGAGCUGAAAAUGAUGAAUUUGAUAAAACUUCAAUUCUGAAAAUUUUACAGGUUAUUAACCAGGAGGCGGUCGAUAGAAAAAUCAAAAUUGAUUCACAGGUAACCGACGUUUUGAUCAGUAUGAUGGCACCGACAGUGAAAGAGCUUUUUGCCAAAUGUAAUCUGAGAUUAUUUUCGCAGACUACAGACUUAAUAAAUCUUCUCUGUUCGUGGAAGAGAUCGCUUUCCGAGAUAAGUGAUGCAUCUGUGAUAAACUCGUCCGAACCUGAGCAAGGUGAUAUCAGUGCGUUUGAUAACAUGAUACUUCAAUUCUGGAUUCCGAAAGUUACGAAUUUUUUCCAUACCGAGUGGAUAUCCAUUAGCCAACCUAACUUGGGUAUAUCCUUAAUUGACGACUUUGCUUCAACGGGUUUGGUAAAUUCUUCCGGGGCCAACUUUGUUCUUCGCAGCGUUAUUGUUCCCAUAUUGAUUGAUGAUAUCAACAAUCAAUGGAUUAUAGAUUCUGUUGACAAUGCAGAUGGUCCUGAGAUAUGGAUAGUUGAUUGGCUUGAGUUCCUUCCUGAAGAUAUGUUGGGAGAAAUCAUGAAGCACCUUUUCCGGAAAUAUUGUCAGUGGAUCACCGAUGAUUGGAAUUUAGAAAAUGACCCGGUGUUGCCCUCUCAAAGAAUACAUCUAAAUUUAUGGCUGGAUUAUUACGAUGGGAAAGGCCGUAUUGAACAGCAUAUUCUGAAAUCCAUAAUUGCUAAGCUCGUGAAUGAGCUACGGGAAUACCAGGGAGACUCUUUCCAAAUUGAAGAGAUCUCUAACUACAUGAAGUAUGUUCAUUUUAUAGAGAUGUUCCGUAAAAACGGUCUUUCUGAAGCAGUGGUCAAUCUUAUUGUCCAGAAUGAAAUUAUGAUUCCAUUCACUAUUUCUUUCUUCAAAUUAAAAGAUGAUGCCCAGAGAUUUAGGUUCUUAAGUAUUUGGGUUGGAUCAUUAUUCUCAAAGGUCGAAGAACUCCAGUGCGUUAAAGAUUCUCUGGUAAUCUGUUAUGAUUACUUGAAUCUCAAAUACAACACUGGAAUCAGCAGGAAGUACCGGAUCUUGGCUGAGCUUCCAAGUAUUUCUCAACUUGAGUCCCAAAUAGUUCAUCCUAUGAACAAGUUUUUACAAAAUUUGGAGAAUUGUGAUACAAAGUCCGAAGGCAAUCAGGCGGACAUAGGACAGAAAAAUCGUGUUACUGUGACAAUGAAGAUGUUAACUGAGGAAUACUGUGAGAAGCAUGGCAUGUUCCUUAUUCCCUUAAGAAACGAGGGUUUGAACGAGACGGGCAAGGUGAUGUUCGAAGCAACAACAGACAUGGUGAAGGGAGUUCACGUAUAUUUUGAAGAUGAUAUACUGUGGGCAGAAGUUUCUGAGAAGCGUUUUGAGCCAAUCGACUUAGAAGAGUUGAACGAUUUGGUUGCGGCGUUGAAAUAA